AAAACUAUAUAAACUCCCUUGAUUCAUCAGUAUUAUGCAUUAUCAAAAUUGUUUGCCAAAUCACAAUGGCUCUUGUUCCAUUCUCUCCCAACAAAAAAACGAAACCAAUAAGUGACAUGCCUGAAGAUGUUAUCGAGAAGAUUUUCUCAUUUCUUCCAUUCAAAAAGCUGUGCAGCCUCUGUAUUGUAUCAAAAAGAUUCAGAAAUUCCUGGAAAUUCUGCCGGGACCUCUCUUUCGACAGCGAUGUAGCCAAGAAUCUGUCUCGAGACGAAUACAGAAACAUGGUCGACAAUUUCUUCAACAAUCAUUCAAGCAGUUGCGCAGACAGACUGAAAUUGCAGUACGACGCAAGUGAUGAGAGCAACCUCAUCAGUUUCUGGGUCGGCAAAGCCAUCCGUCUCGGGAUAAAGGAGCUGGAGCUCAACCUCACUCAAACGCACGAAAAGCUCUCACUCAACUACGAUCUCGUAGAUGUCGAAACCCUAAAGACAUUGAAGCUGGUGAACUGCGAGCUCCACCUGCCGUUGAACUCAAACGGGCUGCGCCAUUUGAGGGAGAUGACGUUGCAGAACGUGAUGGCGCCGCCGAUGGUGACGGACUCCAUUUUCCGCAACUGCGUGUCGCUGAGGGUUUUGCGGCUGGUGCGGUGCAGUUUGGUGUACAGUGUUAGGGCAAUUGGUAAAUUAGGGUUUGAGGUGUUGGUGGUGAAGGAUUGUUGUGACGUGCAUUCAAUCGAGAUAGACUCGCCUUGUCUUCGGAGAUUUCACUACCACGGCAAAAUCAUGGAGUUGAGAUUUGGGUGCGAGAUGCAGUGUUUGAGCGAUGUGGUUCUCGACGUUGCGCACCCUAGAGGAUUUCACCGCCUUUCGCCUUCACAUCGUCAAAUGGUGGAACGCCUUGCGUUUGUCCAGAUUUUUACAGUUACCACCAUUUUUCUUGAGGGACUGUGUGCUAGAUUUGAGAAGAAUGAAUACAAGAAAAUGGAAUUCUUGCUACGAAGGUUAAAGGAAUUUCACUUGGUUGUAGCACCGGAGAGUUUCUUGAAUCCUUCGGAUGUCGCUAUUUUCAUCAAGAAAUGCCCAUCAAUUGAGAAACUUUUCAUUGAUCUUGGACGAGAUGCCUUCGCUACUAGCCUUUAUUGGAACAAUUAUGGAAAGAAUUAUGUAACUGCAUGCCAGGCUACAUUCCCAUUCUUGAAAUAUGUGAAAAUAAAAGGGUUUACAAUGAGGGAGCUGCCAAUGCAUAUGGCAAGAUUUUUCCUUAAAAAUGCUAUAAAUUUGAAUCGUUUAAUUCUUGUGAAAGCCAGAAUUCAUUAUUUUUCUACAAACUAUAGCCCAGAAAACCUGCGUUGGGGGAUAAUAUCAAAUGCAAAAAUCGAAAUGUAUAACUAUCGUGCAGAUAAGAAUACAAUAAUGCCUCAACAUUUGAGAGGUGUCUGA